AGAGAGAACGGACAACGGAACCUAACCUCGAUUUAUUAUUAAAGUCCGACACUUCUAUUUCUAUAUUUUCCGUGGGAGAACCCAGAAGAGAGAACAAUGAACAGAACAAAGAAACUGGUGUGCUCGAUUUCCACCAUUCUAAGGCAUGCCCGUUCUUCGAAUUCGCUGCGUGAUCGCUUCUCCGCACGGAGCUCGAAGACCCACUUGAGUUGGGAAUCCACUUUCACGACGUCAUCUCUGGAAAACGUUUCGCGGAUUCCGGGGAAAGAUUCUCGCUUGGGACUCCGACUUUCCGGCAGAAUAUUCUGCUCGGAAUCUCUCGAAACGAAGAACCCUAGGUGCUGGAACUGUGGUUUCUCACCGGAAGGGUUGCCCUUUUUGUUCUGUGAAUCUUGCCGUAGUGUUCAGCCUGUCGACGAUUCCGUCGAUUACUUUCAGAUUUUUGGACUAGAGAAGAAGUAUGAUAUAGAUGUUGGAAGCCUUGAAAGGAAGUACAAAGACUGGCAAAAGAAGCUGCAUCCCGAUUUAGUCCACAAUAAAUCCGAGAAAGAGAGAGAUUACGCAGCCGAACAGUCUGGAAAGGUGACUGAAGCAUACCGGACUCUAACCAAGCCACUUUCAAGAGCAACCUAUAUAAUGAGGUUGCAUGGAAUAUAUAUUGACGAAGAAGAAAGAAUUUUUGAUCCACAGUUUUUAAUGGAGAUUAUGGAGCUAAGAGAAGCCAUUGCCGAAGCAAGUGAUUCGAAAGCCUUAAACGUGAUCCGAUUGCAGAUACAAGAGAAACUGAAGCACUGGUCCGGGUCUUUUGUCAAAGCAUUUGAAAGCCAAAAGUUCGAUGAAGCUGCUACAUGCAUACAGAGAAUGACUUAUUACGAGCGAGCCUGUGAAGAAAUCGUGAAGAAGAUAUGAGAUGGAUGAGUCGUUUUCUUCAUUAAUACAUGAGCUGUUUGAUCUUUUUGCCAAAAUUCAUUACUUCAUGGCUGCAGGAGUAACCGUGAGCACUCUUACCAGUGGUGUAGUCCCUCACCUUCACGUUUCAAACUUUACUUACAUGAAGCUUCCUAUUUUCGGCAUAUUUAAUUGAUAGAAGGAGAUAGAUAUAGAGGGUGUAGCAAACUGUGAACAACAGUUGUAUAUCACUCUGAUUUAUUGAGAUUUACUUUUAAGAUACAUAAUCUGCAUUUA